GUGCGUCCGGGCGGCUGCUGCAAGUGCCACUCAGCGGGUUCCAGCCUCUUUGCUGCACAGACUACAGCGGUGAUGGCGGGCAGACAGUUCGGCUGGAGCCGGGUGGCUCUUCUCCAGCUCUUCCUUGGUGUUAACCUGAUGGUGAUGCCACCUACCCAGGCCCGGCGUCUGCGUUUCGUUACCUUGCUGUACCGACAUGGAGACCGUUCGCCAGUGAAGACAUACCCCAAGGACCCCUAUCAGGAAGACGAAUGGCCCCAGGGAUUUGGUCAGCUAACCAAGGAGGGGAUGCUACAGCACUGGGAGCUGGGCCAGGCUCUGCGACAGCGCUACCAUGACUUCCUCAACACCUCUUACCACCGGCAAGAGGUUUAUGUGCGAAGUACAGACUUUGACCGGACUCUCAUGAGUGCUGAGGCCAACCUGGCUGGACUCUUCCCUCCCGACGGGAUGCAGCGCUUUAACCCAAACAUCUCUUGGCAGCCUAUCCCCGUCCACACUGUGCCCAUUGCUGAGGACAGGCUGCUGAAGUUCCCAUUGGGCCCAUGUCCCCGUUUUGAACAGCUGCAGAACGAGACCCGGCGGACACCGGAGUAUCAGAAUGAGAGUAUUCAGAAUGCACAAUUUCUGGAUAUGGUGGCCAACGAGACAGGGCUUACGGACCUGACACUGGAGACCAUCUGGAAUGUCUACGACACACUUUUCUGUGAGCAGACACACGGGCUGGUCCUGCCGCCCUGGGCCUCGCCCCAAACCAUGCAGCGUCUGAGCCGGCUAAAGGACUUCAGCUUCCGCUUCCUCUUCGGGAUCUACGAGCAGGCAGAGAAGGCCCGGCUGCAGGGGGGAGUCCUGCUGGCUCAGAUACGGAAGAACCUGACCCUGAUGGCAACCACCUCCCAGCUCCCUAAGCUGCUGGUCUACUCUGCGCACGACACCACCCUGGUUGCUCUGCAAAUGGCGUUGGAUGUCUACAAUGGUGAACAAGCCCCCUAUGCGUCCUGCCACAUAUUUGAACUGUACCAGGAAGAUACUGGGAAUUUCUCAGUGGAAAUGUACUUUCGAAAUGAGAGUAACAAGGCCCCCUGGCCGCUGAUCCUGCCUGGCUGCCCUCACCGCUGCCCGCUGCAGGACUUCCUUCGCCUCACAGAGCCUGUUGUGCCCAAGGAUUGGCAGCAGGAGUGCCGGCUGGCAAGCAGUCCUGCAGACACAGCUUCCUCCUGGCUCCAAAUGAGAAUGUGAUAACCUAGGAGGAGUGAGACCAGUCUGACUCGCACCAUCCAUUAUCAGCCUCUGAAAACUUGGGGCUGGUGUGGGGAACCUAGGACUUGGUAAGGAGAUACCAGGAAACUGGGCAGCAGCCAGGCAUUGCUGUGACCAAGACAAAGCAAGAGGGAUGGAGGGCCUAGGCCAAAGAGCCCGCUGUCCCCUGGUCAUCAUCUUUACUGACUAUGACCCUGGGGUGAAUGGAGCAGCACUAAGCUGAGGUUAACCUGCCCUGAACCUUGGGGAGUAGGGUGGGCUUUACCAGCCUGAGAUUCACUCACCCAUCACAGAGGCCAGUGUGUCCCCCAUGGGAUUGAACUCAUUGAGCUGCAGAGACAAGGGGAUAAGCAUGAGGAGGGAAUGAGGGUACUGGGAGAAGGGCACAUAAGGAUUAAUUUCUGGUCAUUUUUGAUCCAAUAAGGUAAGGUGAAUCCCUGCUUCCUCCCAUUAUUAUUUGAGGGCCCAAGCCUCACCGACAUGAUACCAGAAGAUUCUGGGUCAUACAGCUGAUACAUCAUCUUUCCUGAGCUUCCAUCAAACACAUCGAUCGUCCUUAAUUCAUGGGAGGUACAACUUUUGAAAUUAGGAUCUGGGUAUCGGCCCACGACAAUGAGGUUGUACCGAGGAUGCCAGGUUGCCUAGGAGAUGGAGAGGCAGGUCACAAGAGUAAACGCAGAACACUGUCAAGAGGGACAUCAAAAGUAUCUUUGCCACUAACAACACUUGUUCAUACAACUGCCAACAAUUUAAUAAUGGAGAUAAGACCUACAUGAAACAACAGGAAUGGUUUUCAAGUGCGUGCGCAUCUACCGUUGCAAAUUUAAAAUCCCCAGCUGGCCUCCCUGACCCUUAGGACACCUUCAGGCCUUCUCUCUCCUUUGCAUUUCCUGAGAUCAUACCAACUGAUAAAUGUUUUAACAUCAGCCCGACCCAGACAUGAACCAAAGAGGUAAGCCUACAAAGCGAAAAGCCUCCGGUAAGCAAAACCAAAUAGGACCUAAUAAGUUCUGAAGUAAUCCCACUACUCUCCCUCCUCCAUCAAUGUCAAUGAGUUGAGUAGAAAAUGGCUAGUGACUGAAGAAGGGGAGGACACCUGUGUUCCUCAGAUCACCCUGCUCAAAACAGAUCUGGCAGCUGUUGGAAUGACAGAACUUGAUGGGAUUUUCCCAAGAAAGCUUUUCAAGGAAGUUCUGAAGGAGAAAAGACAUGGUUAGCAGGAAGGAAGAAGUGCUACCGGCAGUGGCUUGGAAAUAAGUCACAAACAAGUCACACCUGGGAUGCUGUUGGUUGGGCUGGCUGGAUACCAAGUGGGAGAUAAGGAAGGAAGGAUCCAUGGGGAACACCAACUGCUAAAGGACCCUGAUGUUACUGAGAGCUUGGAUUUGAUCUGAGGUACGUGGGGGCCACUCUACUACCAAGUCAUCACUGUUUACUGAGUACUUACUAGGCGCUAAGCAUGUUGCCACGUGCUUUAAGUAUAAGGAUUUAUCCUCACAACAACCUUGUCAGGCAGAUACCAUUAUUCGCUUUUUAUAGACCAGGAAACUGGGAUCCAAAAUUUGAGUAAUUUGCUCAAGGAUUCUAACCCCGGGGGUGUCCGCCUGCCUGAACUAUGCUAUACUGACUAGAGAAGUACAGGCAUGAGAUCUGGAGGUCUGAAGAGGGGCUGUGGUUCUAGGAAAGAAUAUAUACUAGUAAAGCAGAAGGACUGGCAGAGUUCAGACUGCUUGGGGCAUGAGCAGGAAAGAAUCACAGGACUUGAAGACUGUAAGCCUUAGGGACUGAGGCCAGAGAAGCCGCUAAUGAGGGCUAAGAUUAGCUUGCAGAUCAGCUGCACACACAGGUAACUGAAACUAAGGGCAGAACCGAGGGUUAGGAUCUCAGAAAGUGCCCACAGUGAGAUCUGGGCUGCGUGGAAAAAACUCAGGGAAAUAAGCUUAUCAAAGAGACAUGAAGAAAACUCAGCAAAAUGGGAUCACAGAGCUGGACAAAAGGUGCAGAGAGAGCCAGAGAAUAAGAGAUUGCUUUGUGUCAGCACAGGAAGAGGUCUAGCAUUGAAGGCUUCUGUAUCUGCCCCCUUCUCCCCACCCUGGUAGACCUGAUCCAUCCCACGAUCACAGCUUCCUUCCCUCCAUUACUUACCUUGAUGGGUGUCAGGUGCUGGAAGUGGCGAUGAGGGUGUGGGAUCAAGCUUGGGGGGCAGUCCCACUGGGAGGCAGAGUAAACACGGAUCUCACUCUUCUGGUCAGUGGUCAGGAGCUGGGCACCGUCGGGACUGAAAUGAGCUGGCAAAGUGAAAAGCCCCUGAGCUCAGGGAACCACGGGCCCCCUGUUGUCCUGGCCCUCACAGGCCUCUUGCAGGGGCACCCUCCCUCCCUCUCCUUUCUAGAGACAGGUGGAAGGGAGGUGAAUCUGGGCUGCGAACAAAAACAUCCUAGAGGCUCAGCAGCUGAUACGAGCAGCUAGAGUCAGAAAGGCUUCAGGACUUCAGCUUGGCCGAUGCUAUCAGGGGUAUAAAGGUUUGGCCUAGUGGCUUCUACACUUUGAGGGAAAACCCCUGAAGCGGUCGGGUCAGCAGGGUCUGCAGGAAGGACGAGGUCUGGUAUAUCACACCUGCGUUGACGGGAUGCCUGUGCAGCAGCGAGUAGAGGAAGCUGGAUUUCCCUCUAACCUGGCGCAGGUCCCAGAUUUUCACUGUUUGAUCUACGGAGGCUGUGGCCAGGAACCAAUCACAGCACGGGUUCAGGGCCACGUGGGUCACUUUCUUUUUGUGCAUUCUCAGAUUCCAAAGCUGCAGAGAAGAGCUCGGUUCAGGUGGGGGGUGCAGAACCGAGCUGGGGGUCAGGGAGGGAAGGGGAGGACCUAGGCUCCAGAGAACGCACCUCCCUGCCGUCCAUGUUCAGCAGGAUCACGUUCCCCACGUUAUCUCCUGUGACCACCACUCGGCUUCUGACAGACACAUCCAGGCUGCAAAACCAGAAGCUGGAGGGAGAGACUGUGCUGUAAGAUUCUUGGGGACAGAGGCAAGUUCCAUUUAUUCACUGUUGCAGCUCACGUAUAUUAGACAGUCAAUAAAUAUUUGUUGAA